UCCGGUUUCGGGUGCGUUUGCCGUGUGUCCAUAUUGCCCGGCCAGACGGUAACGACAUAUUACAAAAUAAAUAAACAAAUACGCGUAUCGUUCGUACCGGCGACGGGCUGUCUCUCGCUCUCACUCCCUCCCGGUCACUCUGUCUCCCUCGCCCGCUUUGCUAUUAUACGCACAUAUAGUAUACCGUCGUACACACACGCCCGACGGUGACGACUAUGCGAUCGUUGCACGCCGUCCCGGCGCACCCACAGCAGAAGCUCGUCCCGUCGUGACCACUCCCAAGCUCGCGCGUACACACAACAACGAUAAUAAUAUUAUAGUCCAAGCGCCGUCGCCGCGAUACAACAGGCCGCCGUCCCGAGGGUUGAUCGCCGCAGCAGAAAACCGGGAAACCCCGAGACGCCGUCGUCCCAGAUGCAUCCCGCCGUGGUGUCACUCGGCCGACCGCCGUCGGUCCGGUCGCCGGCCACCGCCCUGCUGCUGUUGGCCGCGGCACUGCUCCCGAACGCCGUUCUGUCCGUCGAGUCGUCCGCCGACCCCAAACUUCAAUACAAAGUGAAUUGUGACGAUGAAUACAUGACCGUCGAUGUUAAAAAAACCGAUGACAUUAAAAGCAUUUAUCUGAACCAAAUGAAAUUUUAUCCAGAACUUGCUUGCCAACCGGUUUUCGAAAAAAACCUCAUUCAGUUCAAACUAUCUCUACGAGACGUGUUCAAAUGCGGACUGACAAAAGUGACCAAUCAAGGAACCGGUACAGUCACGUACUAUCAUCAGAUAGUCAUAGAGAAAGACGGCGGCAACAACUAUGAACACAAGUCUUUCGUAAAUGUGAAGUGUUGGUUUUCUGGAACUAAAAAUCACACAGUGGCCAAGAGGAACGUACUACCCGCUGGAUUCCAAGAGCCAGAGGACUUGGAGAUAACUACAUCGUUGACAGAAAACGCGCCGGUUCCCAUGCUUAAGGUGGGCGUACGACAGGGCGGUAGUAUCGUAAACGGCGAACUCAACGUUAACCCGGGCACUCCGUUGCAAAUGGAAAUAUACCUGGACAAAGAUAGUGCUCCAAUUUAUGGGUUGCUAGUGAGCUACAUGCAAGUGACAGAUACCAAAGCGCAAGAAGAAACUAUCAUAUUCAAUGGCUGUUCGGUGGAUCCAUAUUUGUUUGAAAACUUUAAUACGGUGGACGGCGAUUUUUUGACCGCUAAAUUCAGGGCGUUCAAGUUCCCCGAGUCAACGUACGUGCAGUUCAAAGGCACCGUUAAUGUCUGUUUAGACAAGUGCAGAGGGGUGGAUUGUAGCAACGGUAAAGUGGGCUUCGGAAGGAAGAAGCGAGAAAUCAGUGGUAUUCCACCUGACCCAAAUAAGGUGUUUGAAGUGUCCAUGACCACUUUUAUCAAAGUAGAUUACAAGAGUGAAAUGGCCCGAGAAAAAGUGAAAUUGGAAAUCGACACGACCGCGGACGAACGGAACCAGACCAACUCGAACUCGCUGGACGUGAGGCCCAAGGGCGGCGCCCGGAACGCCGACGGAACCGACCACAUGCGCGUGGACACCGAGGAAAUCCGCGAGGAGCUCAAGUACACGUUGCUGGAGACCAACGCCGGUCACACUGUGGGGCCGCACACCGUGGCCGCGGUGGUCUUGCUGUUGGUGGCCGUCGCGCGCGCGGCGAUGAUGGACGUCUGAAGCACCAUCGUCCCGCCCGUCCGCCCGCCGUCACACAACUAACCGCUCUAACCUUAUUAACUUUUCUUUUCUUUUUUUCGUGAUUUAUAUAUUUUAUUUUAUCAAUAAAAAUUAUUAUUAGGCAUAAAAUUAUUUAUACGUAACAUAAUAUUAUAUAAUAUCGCCUGUAUCACCGCGUUCAAAACAAUAACCGUUUGAAGCCUAUUCAAUGAACAAAAUGUGUGUGUGUGUGUGUGUGUGUGUUCUAACUAUACAGUUUAUUUCUCGCACCGCUUCGCGAGCUGCGGGCGAGAGUUUGUGAGGUUAAGUUAGGUUAGGUAUGUUCUUUAAUAAGCUAAUUAUAAAAUAUUUUAAAUUGUAUAUAUUUUAUAGAAACAUGUUGUAGCAUGCCUGUCAUUAAUAUUUUUCGUUUUAACGUUGUGCACUUCAACCGUGGACUUGCAAAAUACAAAAUCAAAUCACAAAUAAAACAACUUACAUUUUCUAAAAAUAAAAAAUGCCCUUCAUAAAAUUAAAAAAAAAUAUAUAAUACACUAUUUUUAUGUUCCAUAAUAU